CAGUAGUAGUAUUUGCUCUGUGUUUCCCAGCAUUGGCACUGGCAUCAACGAGCCGAGCAGAUCCACCUCUACACAGUGAAUCUGAUCCUAUAAAUCCUAGCUACCUCUGCACCGCUGCCGUCCACAUCCUCGCACCGAAGUUCAGUUCCGGAUCUUCUCUCCUCCUCGGCGCCGCCGCCUCGCUUUAAAACCCAGCACUGCGGACCAUGCUCCGCCACUGCAACACCACCACCCAGCAGCAGCACCAGCGCCAUCGCCAUCGCCAGAGCAUCCCGGCCACUGCCCUCGCCCCCGCCACCAUGCCGUCCACCACCUUCUCGCUCUUCUCCCCGCUGCCCUGCAGCACCAAGGCUCAUCAAUACGCGCCGGCGGACUGGUUCGACGACGACGACAGCAACAGCGCCGUCAUCGCCACCCCUCCAUCCCCGUCCUCCUCCUCCACGGGCUCCGUCGACUGCACGCUCUCGCUCGGCACGCCCUCGUCGCGCCUCGCCGCGCCCAAGCAGCGCCCGUUGCCGGCGUCGUCUUGCGGAACCAUGCCGUGGGACGUCGCCGCCGCCGCUGACCAGUCCUGCUGCUGCUGCCGCCGCCGCCAGGGCAGCAGCAGCAGCAGCAGGCCCUCUGUCGUUGUGAACAAGAGCGCCGUCAUGCCGUGCGCCGGGCAGGACCCCUUGCUCGUGGACCGCCGCUGCGCGAACUGCGGCACCUCGUCCACGCCGCUGUGGAGGAACGGACCUUGCGGGCCCAAGUCCCUGUGCAACGCCUGCGGCAUCAGGUUCAAGAAGAAGGAACGGCGCGCGGCGGCGACGGCAGCCAUGGACCAGGGCGGUUGCGCCUACGUCGCGGAGCGGGCGCAGUACGGGGCGGCGGCCGGGAGGGCGUACUACGGCAGCUGCGAGGGGCCGGCGUUCCCGUGCGACGGUGGUGACGUCGCGGACGCCGAGGCAGCGCCGCAGAAUUUCCUCGCGUGGCGGCUCGACGUCGUCGCUCCGGCGCAGGCGCAGGCGGCCGCGUUCGCUGCGGUCUGGCCGGAGCAGACGACCUUGUUCCAGUACAACUAAUCCUCUGUGUUGGGUGGGCGGCUGGGGGUGCAACUGCAACCUUUUUGGGGCUGGAUCUGGAUGGGGCGGUUGUCUGGUGUCUGCACGCAUGCAUUCUGUCUAUCUCCAAAUUUAACCUAUCCAAUUAACCAUUAGUUAUUCCGUAGUACAGUACUUAUCUUUUUUCUUGGCGGUUCGCAAAUGUGUCCCGAAACGGCUUUUAUUUUCGCGCCCAGGCUCGGAAAGUAUUGG